AUGACUUGUAAAUCGCAUUUUGGAAAAAUGAAGUUUUCGUUGUCUGCUAUCUUCCUUACUCUUCUUGGUACCACUUUUACUUUUGCUUCCCCAUAUUCCCAGUCGGCAUUAUCUCUUAAUCAAACAUUUAGUAUUUCGGCUCUUCACCCUAAUAACCAAAAUGUUCAACUACGUCCACUUACUAUAGGUCAAUUUGGCUAUGUUUACGCGGAAAGCGGUGUUGGUUCUGGCAGCUUUACUCUUAAAAAUUCUGAAUUGUUCUAUAACGAUGAGUUUGCUUCUUUAGACAAGAACGGUGCUCUUAUUUUCAAAUCCUCUGGUUCUCCCGUGUCAGGUUUUGAAGCUAAACAGGUUUCGUCCGUUGGAUAUGACCUUCGAUUGAACAACACUUUCCCUGUCGCAUGCCCUGUCGUCGAUACAAAUGGAGUGUAUCAAAUUUAUUUCGGUGAAGGAAAUGGGAGCGGUAACUGCUUUAGUGUUGUUACUGAGGCUAGUACUCCUUAA